UUUGUCACAGGAAAGACUUGCAAGGCUUCUGCAACAGAAUGCCAGUGACACAUGAGAGCUUCUCCACGGCUAAACUCAAAUCCUCUGCAGUGCCAAGGUGCAUUAAGGAGAUUAUUGUAAAGACCGAAACAAUGCCUGAACUUCAGUAAUGUAUACGCUUGCCAGAACAAUAUUUACACAAGCUUAAAAAAUGCUGCUUUGUGAGUGUCUUGAUCUAUUUAUACGCUUUUAAAAUCUGUCUCGAUUCUACCGGUGUUCGUGUGACUCUGUUACGCUUCCAGUAGAACAGUUUACAAUAGGACAAUUGCGUUAUGUCUUCUUCUUCUUUCACAUACCAUGUUCUGUGGACCUUAAGGACACUGUGGUUUCUGUUUUCAGCUAAAUAGUAUUUUAAUGAAUAACAAGGGAAAACAACACUAGCUGUGUAUGUAUGUUUUAGUUUGUAAAGUUAAUCUGGUAAUGAGACCAGUGAGCAGCAUUUGCCACUGCAAUGCACUAAUGGACCAUAAACUCAUUCAAACAGUCUUAGGAAUAUUUACUAUUUAAAUUCUUGCCAUCGACUAAAAUGUGUCUCUGUGGACAAAUAAUUCUGAAAAGAAAAGUAGCUGUGUGAUAAACUGCUUAUGGAGGUCAGCGACAAAGGAUGCCAGAGAUCAGAAUGGGUGGCAAAAAUACUCAAGUAAAACUGCAUGACCAAAUAAAGGAGAUCAUUUCUGCUGAGUGAACACUCUUCUCUCUAUAUAAGAAGGAAGGCUGGACUCCUCCAAGGACUGCCAGGCCACCAGUCAAGGUGAGUGAGUUACAGACUUUUAUUAGCAGGAGGAAAGCCAGCAGCUUAAUGAACAAUGCAGGGCAUGACCACUUACUGCCAGAGACAGAGCAGUUGUUUUUAUGCCAGGACCUCACUCCACUGCAAGCUCAUUUUUACUACGGAAUAGCUUAAUUACAGUUAUUAAUUUGAGCUAUUUGUGUUUCUUUCUUCAGAACGCUCAUAAGACCAUCGACAGCUGUUCUCUUGAAGGGAGGGAAGAAGGUAAUAAAUCGCUCACUGUUUCCUUUUGUCAUUUUUAAUCUGUAGCUGUGUUUAUGGCAUAAAUAUAACUUUGAUUUAUGACUUCCUAAAUGUUGAUUAAAACUUACCUUGUGUGGAAUCAUAAACAAAUCAAUUAGCAUAAUUAAAUUCACAAAUCUCACUUCAUUAAUAUGUGUUCAUCUUUAGAUGGAAAAGAGAAAUUGUCUCUUUGGUUUUGUAUCACUACCUCUGAAGUCAUCUAAGGGACACAUUAUAACAAAGAUUUUAUAGGAAAUCAAAUACACAUUUAACAAACAUGUCUCUGCUACAAAAUGUUGUUAAUGCAAUCCAGCUAAAACAUAAAGCAAUUCUUUCUGUUCUGCGUUUGAGUGAAACAUUCAUUACAUCAUUAACAGUAUUUUUCUUUUAUUCAGUAGUGAGGGAUCGUGAAUGCUGACGGCAAUUUGAUGGAGAAUAGUGACUGAAAUUAAUGACAUCUGUCUUGUCUUUACCUGCUUGCAGUAAGCUAGUCACCAUGAGUGGGGACUCGGAAAUGGAGUGUUUUGGUGCGGCGGCCAUUUACCUCCGCAAGCCAGAAAGAGAGCGAAUUGAGGCUCAAAACACUCCUUUUGAUGCUAAAACCGCCUAUUUUGUUAGUGAGCCCGGUGAGAUGUACCUCAAAGGGAAACUAACUAAGAGAGAGGGCGGCAAAGCCACCGUGGAUACUCUGUGUGGAAAGACUAUCACUGUCAAAGACACUGAAGUCUUCCCCAUGAACCCUCCGAAGUUCGAUAAGAUUGAGGACAUGGCCAUGAUGACCCACCUCAGUGAGCCUGCUGUGCUGUAUAACCUCAAAGAGCGUUAUGCAGCAUGGAUGAUCUACACCUACUCAGGGCUGUUCUGCGUCACUGUGAACCCCUACAAGUGGCUCCCAGUGUAUGAUGCAGGGGUGGUUGCGGGAUACAGGGGCAAAAAGAGGAUUGAGGCUCCACCCCACAUCUUCUCCAUCUCUGAUAACGCCUAUCAGUUCAUGCUCCAAGAUAGAGAAAACCAGUCCAUCCUGAUUACCGGAGAAUCUGGUGCAGGAAAGACUGUUAACACCAAACGUGUCAUCCAGUACUUUGCGACAAUCGCAGUGGCUGGAGGAAAAAAAGCUGAGGCAGUUCCUGGAAAAAUGCAGGGGUCGCUGGAAGACCAAAUCAUUGCAGCCAACCCACUGCUGGAGGCCUAUGGUAAUGCCAAAACAGUGAGGAAUGACAACUCUUCCCGCUUUGGUAAAUUCAUCAGAAUUCAUUUCGGAACAACUGGGAAGUUGGCCUCAGCAGAUAUUGAAACAUAUCUGCUGGAGAAGUCUCGAGUGACAUUCCAGCUGUCUGCUGAGAGGAGUUACCACAUCUUCUAUCAGCUCAUGACAGGCCACAAACCUGAGCUAAUAGAGGCUCUUCUCAUCACCACCAACCCUUAUGACUAUCACAUGAUCAGUCAGGGUGAAAUCACUGUCAAGAGUAUCAAUGACAUUGAAGAAUUCAUUGCUACUGAUACUGCUAUUGACAUCCUGGGCUUCACUGGAGAGGAGAAGGUCAGCAUUUACAAGUUGACUGGAGCUGUGAUGCAUCAUGGAAAUAUGAAGUUCAAGCAGAAACAGAGGGAGGAGCAGGCUGAGCCUGAUGGCACUGAGGUUGCGGAUAAAAUCUCAUACCUCAUGGGUCUAAACUCAGCUGACUUGCUGAAAGCACUGUGCUACCCGAGAGUGAAAGUCGGAAAUGAGUUUGUGACAAAGGGUCAGACUGUCCCACAGGUCAACAAUGCUGUCAUGGCUCUCUGCAAGUCUGUCUAUGAGAAAAUGUUCCUGUGGAUGGUCGUCAGAAUCAAUGAGAUGCUGGAUACCAAACAGCCCAGACAAUUCUUCAUCGGUGUGCUCGACAUUGCUGGCUUUGAGAUCUUUGAUUUCAACAGCUUGGAGCAGCUGUGCAUCAACUUCACCAAUGAAAAACUGCAACAGUUUUUCAACCAUCACAUGUUUGUCCUGGAGCAAGAAGAGUACAAGAAAGAGGGAAUUGAAUGGGAGUUCAUUGACUUUGGCAUGGACUUGGCUGCCUGCAUUGAGCUUAUUGAGAAGCCAAUGGGCAUCUUCUCCAUCCUUGAAGAGGAGUGCAUGUUCCCCAAGGCAACAGACAUGACCUUCAAGAACAAACUCUACGACCAGCAUCUUGGAAAAAGCAAAUCCUUUGAGAAGCCAAAACCGGCCAAAGGCAAAGCUGAGGCCCAUUUCUCCCUGGUGCACUAUGCCGGCACUGUUGACUACAAUAUUUUUGGCUGGUUGGACAAGAACAAGGACCCCCUGAAUGACUCUGUGGUGCAGCUUUACCAGAAGUCUUCAACGAAGCUGUUGGCUCAUCUGUAUGCAUCACAUGCCUCAGCAGAAGCUGAGGGUGGCGGUGGAGGCAAGAAAGGUGGCAAGAAGAAGGGUGGCUCCUUCCAGACGGUGUCUGCUCUGUUCAGGGAGAAUUUGGGCAAGCUGAUGACCAAUUUGAGGAGCACACAUCCGCAUUUUGUGCGCUGCUUGAUUCCCAAUGAAUCAAAGACACCAGGUCUCAUGGAGAACUUCCUGGUCAUCCACCAACUGAGGUGUAAUGGUGUGUUGGAGGGCAUCAGGAUCUGCAGGAAAGGUUUCCCAAGCAGAAUCCUCUAUGGUGACUUCAAGCAGAGAUACAAAGUAUUGAAUGCCAGUGUCAUCCCAGAGGGCCAGUUCAUUGACAACAAGAAGGCCUCAGAGAAACUUCUGGGAUCCAUCAAUGUGGACCAUUCUCAGUACAAGUUCGGCCACACCAAGGUGUUCUUCAAAGCCGGUCUGCUGGGAACCCUGGAGGAGAUGAGAGAUGAAAAACUUGCUGAGUUGGUCACAAUGACUCAGGCUGUCUGCAGAGGCUUCCUCAUGAGAUGCGAGUUUGUCAAGAUGAUGGAGAGGAGAGAGGCUAUUUUCUCCAUCCAGUACAACAUCCGUUCAUUCAUGAAUGUCAAAACCUGGCCAUGGAUGAAGCUGUACUUCAAGAUUAAACCUCUGCUGAAGAGUGCAGAGACUGAGAAGGAGAUGGCCCAAAUGAAAGAAGACUUUGAAAAGACCAAAGAUGAUCUAACAAAGGCUCUGUCGAAGAAGAAAGAACUUGAAGAAAAAAUGGUUUCUCUGCUGCAGGAGAAGAAUGACUUACUAUUGCAAGUGCAGUCUGAAGGUGAAAACCUCGCUGAUGCAGAGGAAAGGUGUGAGGGGCUCAUUAAAGCUAAAAUCCAGCUCGAGGCUAAACUCAAAGAGACAGCUGAGAGACUGGAGGAUGAGGAGGAAAUCAAUGCUGAGCUGACUGCAAAGAAGAGGAAGCUGGAGGACGAGUGCUCUGAGUUAAAGAAAGACAUCGAUGACUUGGAGCUCACCCUGGCCAAAGUGGAAAAGGAGAAACAUGCCACUGAGAACAAGGUCAAAAACCUUACAGAGGAAAUGACUUCUCAAGAUGAGACCAUUGCCAAACUGACCAAAGAGAAGAAAGCCCUCCAAGAGGCUCAUCAGCAGACCCUCGAUGACCUGCAAGCAGAGGAAGACAAAGUCAACACUCUGACGAAGGCCAAGACCAAGCUGGAGCAGCAAGUGGAUGAUCUUGAAGGUUCUCUGGAGCAAGAAAAGAAGCUCCGUAUGGACCUUGAGCGAGCCAAAAGGAAGCUUGAAGGUGAUCUUAAACUGGCCCAGGAGUCCAUCAUGGAUCUGGAGAAUGACAAGCAGCAGUCUGAAGAGAAAAUCAAGAAAAAAGACUUUGAGAUCAGUCAGCUCCUGAGUAAGAUCGAGGAUGAGCAGUCUCUUGGAAUGCAGCUACAGAAAAAGAUAAAGGAGCUCCAGGCUCGUAUUGAGGAGCUGGAGGAGGAGAUCGAGGCUGAGCGAGCUGCUCGGGCCAAGGUGGAGAAGCAGAGGUCUGAUCUCUCCAGGGAACUUGAGGAGAUCAGUGAGAGGCUGGAAGAAGCUGGAGGAGCAACUGCGGCUCAGAUUGAGAUGAACAAGAAGCGUGAGGCCGAGUUUCAGAAGCUGCGUCGUGAUCUCGAAGAGUCCACCCUGCAGCAUGAAGCCACCGCUGCAACUCUCCGCAAGAAGCAGGCUGACAGUGUGGCAGAGCUGGGAGAACAGAUUGAUAACCUCCAGAGAGUCAAACAGAAGCUGGAGAAAGAGAAAAGCGAAUACAAAAUGGAGAUCGAUGACCUCAGCAGUAACAUGGAGGCUAUCGCUAAAGCCAAGGGAAACCUUGAAAAGAUGUGCAGGACAUUAGAAGAUCAGCUGAGUGAGCUCAAAUCCAAGAAUGAUGAGAAUGUUCGUCAGCUGAAUGAUAUUGGUGCACAGAAAGCACGGCUUCAAACUGAAAACGGUGAAUUUACACGUCAGCUGGAGGAGAAAGAAGCUCUUGUUUCUCAGCUGACCAGAGGCAAACAGGCUUACACUCAGCAGAUUGAAGAGCUCAAGAGGCACAUAGAGGAGGAAGUUAAGGCCAAGAACGCCCUGGCUCAUGCUGUUCAAUCAGCUCGUCAUGACUGCGACCUGCUCAGAGAGCAGUUUGAGGAGGAGCAGGAGGCCAAAGCUGAGCUGCAGCGUUCCAUGUCCAAGGCUAACAGUGAGGUGGCUCAGUGGAGAACCAAAUAUGAGACUGAUGCUAUUCAGCGCACUGAGGAGCUGGAGGAGGCAAAGAAAAAGCUUGCCCAGCGUCUUCAGGAUGCAGAGGAAUCCAUCGAGGCUGUGAAUGCAAAAUGUGCCUCUCUGGAAAAGACUAAACAGAGACUGCAGGGUGAAGUGGAGGACCUGAUGAUCGAUGUGGAGAGAGCUAACGCUCUGGCUGCUAACCUUGACAAGAAGCAAAGGAACUUUGACAAGGUUCUUGCAGAGUGGAAGCAGAAGUAUGAAGAGAGCCAGGCUGAGCUUGAGGGAGCUCAAAAGGAGGCUCGCUCACUAAGCACUGAGCUGUUUAAAAUGAAAAACUCCUAUGAAGAAGCUCUGGACCACCUGGAGACCCUGAAGAGAGAGAACAAGAACCUGCAACAGGAGAUCUCAGACCUGAGUGAGCAGCUUGGCGAGACCGGUAAGACAAUCCAUGAGCUUGAGAAGGGAAAGAAGACAGUGGAAAGUGAGAAGACAGAAAUCCAAACUGCUUUGGAGGAGGCUGAGGCUACCCUGGAACAUGAAGAGUCUAAGAUUCUCCGUGUUCAACUUGAACUCACCCAAGUCAAGAGUGAAGUUGACAGGAAACUUGCAGAGAAGGACGAGGAGAUGGAGCAAAUCAAGAGGAACAGCCAGAGAGUGAUUGAUUCCAUGCAGAGCACUCUGGAUGCUGAAGUCAGGAGCAGGAAUGAUGCCCUGAGAAUCAAGAAGAAGAUGGAGGGAGACCUCAAUGAGAUGGAGAUUCAGCUGAGCCAUGCCAACCGCCAGGCAGCUGAAGCCCAGAAACAGCUGAGAAAUGUGCAGGGACAGCUUAAGGAUGCCCAGUUGCACCUUGAUGAAGCCAUUAGAAGUCAGGAUGAAAUGAAGGAACAGGUUGCAAUGGUGGAGCGCAGGAACAACCUGAUGCUGGCUGAGAUUGAAGAGCUGAGAACUGCCCUGGAGCAGACUGAGAGAGGCCGUAAGAUCGCUGAGCAGGAGCUGGUGGAUGCCAGCGAGCGCGUGGGACUGCUGCACUCUCAGAAUACCAGCCUCAUCAAUACAAAGAAGAAGUUGGAGGCAGACCUUGUCCAGAUCCAAGGUGAAGUGGAAGAUUCUGUCCAGGAAGCAAGAAAUGCUGAAGACAAAGCCAAGAAGGCCAUCACUGAUGCUGCCAUGAUGGCAGAAGAGCUGAAGAAGGAGCAGGACACCAGUGCUCACUUGGAGAGGAUGAAGAAGAACCUGGAGGUGACGGUGAAGGACCUGCAGCACCGCCUUGAUGAAGCUGAAAAUCUGGCCAUGAAGGGCGGCAAGAAGCAGCUCCAGAAACUGGAGGCUAGGGUGCGCGAGCUUGAGGCUGAAGUUGAAGGUGAGCAGAGACGUGGAGCGGAGGCUGUCAAAGGUGUCCGCAAGUAUGAGAGAAGAGUGAAGGAGCUCACCUAUCAGACUGAGGAGGACAAGAAGAAUGUCAGCAGACUCCAAGAUCUGGUGGACAAACUGCAGCUGAAAGUUAAGGCCUACAAGAGACAGUCUGAGGAGGCGGAGGAGCAGGCCAACACUCACUUGUCGAGGCUCAGGAAGGUUCAGCACGAACUGGAGGAAGCUCAGGAGCGUGCCGACAUCGCUGAGUCUCAGGUCAACAAGCUGAGGGCAAAGAGUCGGGAAAUUGGAAAAGCAAAGGAGGCUGAAGAAUAAGUUGUCUCCUCUAUGAGAGAACCGAAUGAGAAUCAUAAAAUAUGAUCUUUCAUUGAUAUUCUCUCCUUAAAUGUUGUAGAUCUACAUUCAAUAAAUUAUUUUGCCAGUG